CUACUUCGCCACAGUACUUGACUCUCGACUUUCUUCUACACCCUAGGGUUUUUGUCGCUGCUGGACGUCUGGGAUGACGAUAAGGACGCUCGACAUUGGUUCUCUCAAGCGCGCGAAGAACGCCGUCAUCGGGAACCCCCAUGCGAAAGCCACUCUUGCUCAAGACGACCAGUUUCUUGAACUGUCAGUCGAUCGCGCAACAGAUAAUGCACACCGUGUUGAACCAUGUGGUGGUGUUUGAACUUCAAGUCUCGUAGAAUGUCUGACUGCAUCGGGGCCAGUGCCUCAUGCCGGGAUGAGUACAUCGGCUGAGGACGAACUGCGAAUCGAAGCCGUGAAUGUUAUCGCAUCGUUGGCACAUGGUUCAGAUGAUUCGCUGCUAGCCCUGCUGCGUGCCCGCGCUCAUGAGGCGCUCGUCUACUCGCUCAGUACUAUAACGGCUAUUCUCGAUCCUUCUGCAUCAUUUUCGAGCCCAACAGCACCACACCGAAGCUACAACCCAGCGUUGUUGAUUGCUCUGACGAGGGCAAUGCGAAUUCUCGCAUUAAGCGUAGCAGAUGCUGUGUGCGCACCUAUGUGGAGCCUCGGAAAGGAGAACCUACAGCUUCGUAAAGAGGCCCGACCGGCACUGCAGCACUUCUUUCGGAGUGACAUUCUGGAUAUAUAUUUGCCCUUGUUGGCCCUACCACUAUCUGCGUCGUCGGCGCCAAUCAUCAGCUCCGUUGCGCAACUGCUAGGUGGCGCUACACGCACAUCGGCACAGCGCGAAGUGCUUGGAUCCUGGACUCCACGUGAGCAGCGUGCGCGUGAGAUCAAGGGGAAGAGAGGGUGGGAGAAGUCUGGGAGCGCUGCGCUUGAAAGCGCUAAAGGGGGUGGUUGGGUUUGCAGGGUCUUAGUCGAUCUGGUUGGAAAACGAGAUACUAAAGUACAAGAAGCGGCCUUGCUUGCCCUAGCAGCGCUCGCGAAUGACAAUGCUCAGCUUGCUGUGAUAUUCGCCAAGUCCCCGCCGGAUCGCAAUGACAUGUCAACUCUGUCGAGAAUCGUCUCCUUAUGCAAGUCACGCUCGAUAGACGUCCAGCUUGCUGCAUGCCUGUGUGCGGCUCGAAUCAUUCGAGCUAAUCCUCUCUUUGCGCCUUUGCCUGGCAUGCCCGCGUCGCACGAGAAUUCACAAGCUAUUGCUGUGCUUCAUGUUCUCGACCGCGUGUUGGCAUCGUCUGCUGAACCCCCUGCAACGAGGGCCAAGGCGUGCUUCAUCCUAUACACAUUGGUUUCCGACGAUGUACAGCUAUGCUACGCAGCGUUUGUGCAGGGCUGUCUCUCCAGGCUCAUCACCGUCGCAAAAGCAAUGACUCCGACGCCCAGCCAGAAAGAGAAGGCUCCAGAGUGGGAUGAGGGGGAACCCGAAGCCGUUUCACUAUUCCGUGAGGCUGCGCUGACGGCGAUUGCUGCUAUAUGCCUAUUCGACAACGACAUCCGUUGUCAGGCCAUCGGCGAAUUUGACAUCCUUCCCGUUCUCCAGACCUCAAUCUCUCAUCGCAAACCUGGUGUACGUUGCGCUGCCUGCCAUUGUGUCCGCGCACUUAGUCGAACAGUCGCGGCGGUCAAGACGAGUGUAGUGGACAGCGGACUGGGCAUUAGCGUUGUUGAAGUGGCGCUGGGGGUCAAAUUCAAGGAUGAGAAGGGAAGCGCACUGAAUCCGACGAAGAAAGUCAUCGAGAGGGUCAGCCGGGAAGAGGAUAGGCGAGUGAUCAACGCAGCCUUGGCUGCUGUGUGUAACUUGGUGACAGACUUCUCGCCACUAAGAUCGGUGAUACUCGAGAAAGAUGUGCUGGACCGGCUGGUGGCAAUAGUAAGGGGCGACGAUCUUUUACUUCGUUUGAAUGCGCUUUGGGCGAUCAAGAAUUUGCUGUUCAAGGCUACGUCCGAGGUGAAGCGCAUGGUCAUUGACGCCGUCGGCUGGCACAUGCUUGCUAAGUUAUUGACGGACUCUGAUACCGCCAUUCAAGAGCAAGCCCUCAACGUUCUCAAGAAUAUCGCGGACAAAGAGGAUGAUAUUGAGAUGGUGUUCUCUGCCCUUGGGAAUGACAUCCUCCUGGGAGCUAUCGCUAUGGCAUUGCAGUCGGAGAACGACGACGUGAUUUGUCAGGCCAUGUACGUACUGGCCCACCUAGCCAAUGGCUUACCGAUUCACCAAGAAUACAUUCUCGGACACGCACGCAUCAUGGAUUGUCUCCGCACGUGCCUCACCAACUCCAAGGUCGAGAUUCGUCGCCCCGCUAUCUCGUGCGUGCUGCAGCUGGCCAAAACACCGUUCAAGGCGAAGACAAGGCGUGCGCUGCAGGAUGCCGGCAUAGAUGCGGUGCUACGACAAAUGUGCGAGAUUGCUCCGCAUUCCCCGGGCGUCAACAUCAGUCCUGGAGGCCGGUCCGCUGCAGGUAUCCUCCGGCAUGCAGGCGUGGAGGUGGACAGUGACAUACGGGACAAGGCCCGCGACACCAUGUACUGGUUAGAGCGGCCUGGAGACCACGACGAGGGGAUGGAAUGACAUGAGUGCUGCUGUAAUGCCGAUCGCGCAUCGAUGUCCUUUGGCUACUCCUCGCCUUUGCAGUGCUUGUAUACCUGUAUGUCUUGUGCUUUU